AUGCUAAAUUAAAUUAUUUUAUUGUCAAUUUCCCCCUUCUAGCAAAUUGGGAAGUGGAGUCCCCCCUUAGGGGCUUCCGAUUUUCUUGUUCCUCAGGCCUCUCGCUUGAGUCUGUCCAAGUACUCAGUUUCAACUGAUUGUAUGAGUAGGGAAGGAUGCCAAUAGAAAAAUCUUUAUGUCAAUGUUUGGAAGUAGGCUGUAGGGGAAUCCAAAUGCAGACAGAUGUCCUUGUAAAGCUUAAGGUGGAUUUCAUUAGGAUUACGCUUGAUAUCAAAGGAAGAGGCAGAGAGGAGAAGAAGUCCAGACAAUGAGAGGAGAACUGAGUAUGGACAAGCUUAAGCGCAGUAUCAUUUUAGAAUUAAGUAAUAGAGUGGGUAGACUGGAGUGGAUUCGAUGAUA